GUUUCUAUUUGUUCCACACUGGACUCCCUGUCACGAAUAUAUCGUAUUGCACUUCAAUUCUGGUUUUGAGACACCCGCUGCCGAGUAUGAGUUCACAAUGAAGCGCCCUUUGAAGGUGGAAGAUGCUCUGUCCUACCUGGACCAGGUGAAACUACAGUUUGGGAGUCAGCCCCAAAUGUACAGUGAAUUCCUGGACAUCAUGAAGGAGUUUAAAUCACAAUGCAUUGACACCCCUGGGGUGAUCAACAGGGUCUGUCAGCUCUUCAAUGGUCAUCCUGAUCUAAUAAUGGGCUUUAAUACCUUCCUGCCCCCCGGGUACAAGAUUGAUGUCCAGAUCAAUAAUCUUGUAAGCAUCACCCUGCCGGGUCACCAGGUCCAACCCCAUGGCAUCCAGCUUCACCCUUCAACCCAGGCACCUCCUUAUCAGUCUGCUGUGCCCUCAACACCUGCUGCUGCCCCUCUGACCUGCCAGCCUCCACCAGCCAAGAUCAGCAGGUCUUCACCUCCGUCUCUGAAGGGUCAGUGCAAUCCACCCAACCCCACCUGCAGCUUUCAGUGCAUCAGUCCUGUCCAGCUGCAGGCUCCAGUAAGGGCCUCGUCACCACAGAGCAACCGGCUGCUGGAGUCCAAUCUGUCCACUGACUGUCAUGUUAACAAGAACACAGAUUGCUUCAAGGCCACACCCGGCUGUAAGGCUUUCCUGGAAGUAGUGGACACUUACCAGGAUGCUUUAGGGCAGGGAGUGGUGCAGUGCCAUAUCCAUGAAAAGAAUGGCGUUCUCGUCUGCCCAGAUUUGUUCUCUGGAUGCUGCAGCUUUGGAGCCAUGUGCCCCCGACACCACACUCCCCGUCCCUACCACUGGCAGCUCAGGGAAUCCCAGUCUAAGCAGUGGGUCAGCAUCUCAGACUCUGCCCAGCAACACCUGGAAGCCUUGUACUGCAACCACACCGUCAACACAGCCACCUUCCAGAAGGGAGCUAAAGCAGCUGGAAGUUUCCAAAUAAAUUUGCAGACCCUCACCGUGAGGAGCAGUGCACCAUUUGACCAAGCACGAAGACUCACCACCACAGCAGACCCAGAGACCAGCCCCCUUUUCCAUACCGAUUGGGUAAUCUACUGGCAGGAGGGCACAAGCUGGAAAACGUAUGAGGAGCCAAUUGCCAGUCAGCUGGAAGCAGCAUUUGAGAAGGGCAUGUGGAACCAAGCCUUCUCUUUGAAUGACGUGAUCUACAAUGUCGACUUGAAGAAGUUCACUCAGCGCAACGUGAAAACUGGCUUCACUAGAAGCAUUCGCCGAAGACCACGCUUCUUCUCCGAUGUGCGUCUUUCGAAGAAUUUGCAGAAAGCGAAUGGUGUUUUGCCGAGUAAUUCAGAUAGCAGAGCAUUUUCCCAGAACCCUUUUUUACCCGGCUUAACCAGCUAUCCCCCAACAUGGGUUCCUGGCUUUCCUAAAGAUGGGUUUUUUGCCAGGAUCCGUGUGCCAGUAACUAGUGAGUCAUACCAACACAUUCAUGAGCUCUUCCACAGGACUAUGCCAGAAACGCAAUUCUUCAUUGUUGCUGUUGAGCAGAUACAGAACCCCCAGCUGUGGAGUAAGUUUGAGAGCAAGAGGGAUUUCAUGGCUCAGAGGUCUGCCAGUGGUGGCACUCUUGUAAAUGAGAUGCACCUCUUCCAUGGCACAACAGAGAGAGCAGUUGAUGCUAUCUGCAGGCUGAACUUUGACCCCAGCCUUGCGGGCACCAGGAAUGGCCACAUCUAUGGCAAAGGAACGUACUUUGCACGCGAUGCCAGCUUCGCUGCUAAAUACACCACCUUGGAGACAGGAGAACGACACAUGCUCAUCGCCACAGUUCUCGCUGGCCAGUGGGUGAAAGGCCACAAUUUCGUUACGCAGCCUCAGCCUCUUAAGAACUCCAUCUCCAGUGGUGAACUGUAUGAUUCCUGUGUAAACAGCGAAGACGAGCCAACCAUGUUUGUCAUUUUUGACAGCUGCCAGUGCUAUCCCUAUUAUCUCAUUCGCUACAAAGAUAUUACAGACAGAGUUGUCGUGUUUUAAGACUUGCAUUUCAGCUGAUGAUGUAUUAGAGUUCAGAAACGUGGUACAUUGGCAUGUCCGCAGCCACAGACAUUAGGGCAUUGCAUGCUAUUUGAAGUAAAUUACUUAACUGAAUACGCUACUUGACUGAAGCCAGUUGUCACGCACAGGGUCUUUAACAACACACUCCACGGGAGUCGGAGUCAGAUUUGUCUCUCGAGUUAGAAAGCUGAGCCGCAACAAAGACCCCGCAGAUGGUAAUCCGGACUUCAUCUGUUUAUGGUUUGUUUUUGAACCCCCUUGGAUUUUUUGUUUUUGUUUAGGGCCUCAGGAGCUGCCCUUGAAAAGGGAGGGUACUGUCACUGUCACUGUCAAUGAAGUAACAGUCUGAGGAAAUCUUUCAUCCGUGCUCCAAUAUCUCCCUCAAACAAUGUAAAUAACUCUUAUUCCCUGUAACACUGUUGUACUGUCUUCUCUGUUGUUAAUGUUUGUCUUUUUUAUAUUGUUGUGUUGAACUAUACUGUAAAACCAGUUUCCCUCAAAGGAUAAUAAAGCCUGAACUGAAUU